AUGCCAACAGCAAAGCUGGCUUCUCAACCUGCUCAGGAAGAAGCCCAGCAGCCGACCUUAUGGCAGAGGAGUCUUAGUUGGAUUCCCGGUACUCAACAAUACAGAUCGCGAGCCAAACUUUUGUCCACUUCACGCGUCUCUCUCCUUUACCCUGUCUCGGGCCUGGUCCUCCUCGUCGUUCUGCUCGUUCAGGUUCUCGCGUCAAGAGACGUCCAGCCGCGCCUUUGGGCUUCCCCUCCUUCUCCUCCUGCUGCUGCUCCUGCUCCUGCUCCUCCCCAACCGACGCGAAAUCCUCUGAGUCCAUUUGGUGACAGUGUCUACCGUCAAGAAGCGUACUUUGCUUUACUGGAACCGGGCACCCAGUGCAGACCGAAGUCUCCCUUCACUUCAGACCUGCCCAUUACACACGCUUUGACCAACAUGGCGCUGGAAGCAGAGGUCAAGCGCAUGGUCGCACAAUUUGAGUACACCGCCGAAGAUGUAAACAAGGGUGUAAAAGAGUUCGUGCGGGAGAUGGAAGAGGGCCUGGAGAAGCAGGGGACCUCAAUCAGCCAGAUCCCAACCUAUGUCACAUCGGUCCCCAAUGGCACAGAAAAGGGUGUUUAUCUAGCCGUGGAUCUAGGCGGCACCAACUUCCGAGUAUGCUCAAUCACGCUUCAUGGUAACCAAUCCUUCUCGUUGCAACAAUCCAAAGUCGCUGUCCCUCGAGCCCUGAUGGAAGCAAAGACGGCUCACGAACUCUUCUCGUUCCUUGCCAAACAGAUCGAGUCUUUCCUCAAAACACACCACAUGGAUCACUUUGAAACACACAAAAACAAACCUGGCGAGGUCGAAUUUUUGGAUCUGGGCUUCACUUUCAGCUUUCCGGUCAAUCAAGUGGGCAUCAACAAGGGUAGAUUAAUGCGUUGGACGAAGGGUUUCAACAUCGAGGAAGCUGUCGGACAGGACGUCUGUGGUCUGCUGCAGAAGGAGAUUGACGCAUUGAACCUUCCAGUGAGAGUGGCGGCUCUCGUGAACGACACCGUCGGUACGCUAAUGGCGAGGUCAUACACUUCUCCGGGCAAGACCAGUACAUUGAUCGGCGCGAUCUUCGGCACGGGGACAAAUGGCGCCUACGUUGAAAAGCUGGAGAGGGUGAAGAAGAUGAAGGCCAUGGAUGAAGCAGAGGGUGGUGUUCCCAAUUAUGACUCAUCUACCGGGCUCAUGGUGAUCAACACAGAGUGGGGUAGUUUCGACAAUGCCCUCUCGGUCCUGCCUAACACUCAGUACGACAUCGACUUGGACCGCGAGUCAGUGAAUCCUGGUAUCCAAAUGUUCGAGAAGCGUGUGUCAGGAAUGUUCCUGGGCGAAAUCUUGCGCCGUGCUCUGCUAAGUCUCUACGAGCACCCAGCUGCAGGUGUCGCAUUGUUCAAAGACACAUCGUCCCUUGACAACGAUAUUAGGAGUACAACGACGGUGGCUGACGACAGUCCCCUAUUUAAGACAUGGGGCAUCGACACCUCUUUUCUCUCCAUUGUUGAGGAAGACCACUCAGACCACUUGCGUAUCACCAAGCAGACACUGGAAAAGGACCUGAAGGUAGAAGCCGCGUCAACCGAGGACUGUGUGGCCGUCAAGAUGCUUGUGCAUGCGAUUGGGAAACGGGCGGCCAGACUGAGCGCCGUCGCCCUUGCUGGGGUGAUCAUCUCCACCAACAAACUACAAGAAGACGAGAUAGUCGACGUGGGCGUGGAUGGGAGUCUGGUCGAGUAUUAUCCCGGGUUCGAGGAGUAUAUUCGUGAGGCAUUCAGGGAAAUUGAGGGCAUUGGCGAGGACGAGAAGCGGAUAAGGAUCGGGCUUGCGAAGGAUGGCAGCGGCUUGGGAGCUGCGCUUAUUGCGCUAGUGGCUCAUAAUGCGGACCAAUCUAUGUAG